ACUUCUAUCUGAAGUUUGUGCUGAUGAUGUCGUUCAGAAGAACGAUGAAAGCUCCACGACCAAACCAUCCAGAUGAGAGAACAAAAUUCCAUCAAAAACAUAAAAUCCUUGUGAGAUUUUCUCAAUGGUUCAUCCGCAAAAAUAGUCAGGUGUUUGUUGGUUGUUUUGACAAUAAGGAAAAUGAUUUUAACCGUUGGUAUUAUUCUGAACAGUUUCAACAGAGAACUUACUGUAAGCUACCAAAGUAAUAAACAUCUUAUAUAUUUAUCAAUAUAAUUUUCUUAUGACAAUAUUUCUACCGAAAUAUAACCAUAAAAUAUAUCAGUAAUGAUACGUUUUACUUCUAACUAUUAAGAAUUUCAUUUUCUUCAAUGGUCGAGAACAUGAGUGAAUUGAAGUUAAAUCACUAUAAAAAACUUGAAAGCAUUAGAAGGCUGUUUUGUCUUAGAGUGGGAUUCUUCAGCAAUGCGCAUUCACGAUCCCGCCUAGUGAGGGAUUUUUGUUUGAAACUAAAGACUAUCCUCAUGAUGGUAUGAUUUUACAAUAUUAAUUAUAAAGUAUAAGACUUCAAAUGAUAUUCAAUAGAAUGAUAAAGCUGUAUAUAAAUGAAUAUUUUAAAUAAGCAAAUCAAUAAAAUGUCUCAUUGAGAAACCAUCAGUAAAACUAAUUUAUUCAACAUACCCUGAUAUUUCCCAUAUAUAUUACCAUGUUCCCAUUUUCAUGUAUUAAAUGGUUUACUAUAAUCUAGUUGCUACAUAAAGUGAGACUAUACAGGAAAUAAUAGUCGGCAGAUACAAAUAUACGAUUGAGGAUUCAGUUCACUUAUCUAUAUUACAUUCUAGUUAGUCUAAUGUAGAAAUCUCAACUCAUUUAUUAUUAUUAUUAUUAUCAGAAUGGGUUUUGUGGAGAUUUUUGAAGCUAGACCACCAUGGAAAACCUUUUUUAUUACUACGUUACUUUAUGGCCCCUUUCUUUAUAUUUCCGAAUAACGGUAAGUUUUAUUUAGUUUUAAGAUCGAGAAUUAUUAAAAUUGUAAUUUAUCAUCGAUUCGAGUGACAAUUUCAAUAAAUAAUUUUUCUUGUAAAUGCACUUAUGGGGAACUACGAAAACCAUCAUGCAAAAGAUACAAGUGUUUAUCAACAGCUGUCUACGCAAAAUAAUUCGGUUCCGUUGGCCAAACAUUAUCAACAACAAUCUACUAUGGGAGAGAACAAACCAGAUUCCAGUGGAGGAAGAAGUUCUCGAAGUGGAUAGGACACACAUUGAAGAAAACACUCAUUUGCGUCACAACGUAAGCCCUCACAUGGAAUCCUCAAUGUCGAAGGAGAAGAGGACAAUCAAAGAACACAUUACGCUGAGAAAUGGAGACAGACAUGAGAAGAAUGAACAACAAUUGGAUAGAACUAUAAAAAAAGGCUGAAGACAGAGUGUGUUGGAGAAUACUGAUCAUUGGCCAUUGAGGUUAAUAGGCAUAAGUAAAUAAAUAAGUAUGGUUCAUUUUGAUAAGUUUUACUGUUUUCGUUCAUUGCAUUGUCAUUAUCGUUCUACUCAAUAACAUGUGUUUGAAUUCAGUGAGGCAAUUCAAAGCAAAACUAUGUACUAGUGUAACAAAUUCUUGUUCAAUAACCAUCCAACUUAUUGUUUUAAUUUCAUUGAAAUAUAUGGAAAAAUGUUUCUCAAUAUUGAUCAGCUGUUAUAAUUUUUUAUUUGUAACGAUUUUCUUUAACCAGUUUUGGUGUGGAAACGUUUUUUAUUUUACAAAAUACUCAAUGCAAACUGUUACUUGGUUCUUCAAAGAUCAUUCAGAAGAAAGAUCUACCGAUCAUCACAAUGGUUGUGGUUGUACUUAAGUCUAAUCUUCUUUCUAAUGGUUUGUAAAUUUGAGGGUUAGCAUACAAAAUUAGUCAGGAAAAAUGGAUGAAAAACAGAAAAAAAUUAUUAUAUUAUGUGAAAAAGUUGGAAAACAGGUAUCAUUGAGGUUUAGGCAAAUCGUUGACACUAAAGCAAUUUAGGUAAAAAAAAGAGUAGGAAGAAAUAAUGUUCUUUAUUCAUUCCUUGCAAGUGAUUGACCACUGAAUAAUUGUCAAAUUCAUGUCUGUUUAGUCUUUUUUUAAAUUUUGAUAUAAUUCUGUCUAUCAAGUUACAAUGUGACCAUUAGUUUAAGUAUUUUGACAUCACUUUCAUUUUCAUGACAUGUUAAAUGGUUGGAUCUAAUUGAGAAGAAGCCAUGAAUCUACGUAUCGUGCUAGCAAAUAAUAACCGACAAGGCAUACCUGUACAUGAAUAGCUUAAUUUAAAGGCCUUAUAUUGUGAAACUAUGUGAUGUGGGCUAGAAUCCUCUAGAAAGUAUCAAUUUUCUCAAGAUUACAGGUACCUCAGACUGACAAAUAGUAAACAGUCUAGGUUUGGACCCUCGCAUAGACUACUUCUAAUAACUUGACAUUCUCAAUUCCUAUUCUAGACAUAAGUUUAGAUUUUAUUGCUUCUGAAGUCAAGUUAUUGUAUAAAACAUUUUUGUUUUUUUAAUGGUUGAGAUCAUGAGUCAUUUGGAGCUAGAUCACCAUGGAAAACCUGGACGAACUGAACGGCCGUUUAGUCCUUGUUGGGACGGUAUAUUCCCAAAAUUCAUAUUUGUAAUUUUAUCAUAUCGAUUGACUCAUCGAUUAAAUUUUGGAUGGAAGUCACAUGAUGAACUUAUCGACUAAAUAUUCGAAUGCCUGUCGAGUGAUGAACUGAAUGAGUCAUGUUUAAAAAUAACAUUUAAUAUGACAAUAUCGAUUUUAUAUAUUUAUAUAUAUAUACGUUUAAAAUUGUGUCUGAGCGUUCGCUACGGUUCGCUGCUGCUGCUUGCUUGCUUGCUCGCUCGUUUUCUGGUUGUAUGCAGAAUAUAUUUUCCAUACCAAGCCUGGACUUCUCCUUCUAGUUAGCGGGGCUGGGACGCGUCAAUAGUUAGAUUACUGGUCUUUGGUCAUUGAGUAUUGUUCUCGUUCGCAGUCUAAGUGAACCCGUGAAGCUUCAAACCUAACAAUUUGGCGACGGUGAUUACGGAAAUAUGGAUCCAUCUAAACUUGAAUUAUUACUCGAGCAGCAGAUGAAACUUAUUCAAAUGUUAGCAGAUGCAAAGCUUACAUCUAAUUCUCAACCAAGCAGUUCUAAUCCUAUUACUACUGCACCAUCAGUUGAUGGUAUUGCUAACAGUAUCUCCGAGUUUCAUUACGAUCCAGAAUCCAAUGUCACGUUUGAUAUGUGGUUUCGACGUUACGAAGACUUAUUCAAAUUUGACUUUGCCAACCAGGAUGAUGCUUGGAAGGUCCGCUUGCUGCUUCGAAAGUUGGGUCCUAGUGAACUAGACAAGUAUUGCAAUCUAAUUCUGCCUUUAAACCCACGCGAUCGUUCAUUCUCCGACACUGUCCAGUCAUUGAGCCAACAAUUCGGAGACAACUCCUCACUAUUCAAUGCGCGCUAUCGAUGUUUGAAGCUCACUAUGAACGAAGAUGAUGAUUUUCUCACACAUGUGGGUAUUGUCAACCGAGAAUGUGAACGUUUCCGAUUGAAGUCGCUUACUGAAGAUCAAUUUAAAGCACUCAUUCUCAUCUGCAGCCUUCAAUCGCAGAAGUUCAGUGACAUUAGAACACGGUUGCUAAGUCGAUUGGACCAAGACCCAAAACUAACUCUUAAUGAUAUUGCAAAUGAAUAUCAACGUCUAAUCAAUCUACAGCGUGAUACUACAAUGGUCCAGCGUGGUGGUUCAAAUCGUACCGAAGUUCAUGUAGUCCAACAACCACUUAACUCGCAUAAAUCUGCCCCAGCUACAUCUAGUUCAGGUCGACAGACAAAAACAAAUCCUCCUGCUCCAUGCUGGCACUGCGGUGCAUGGCAUUUUGUUCGAUACUGUCCAUAUAAGCAACAUCGGUGCAGGAAAUGUAAUGCGGUGGGUCAUAAAGAUGGUUUUUGUCGAAAAAAGAAGCCGAGCAACUCCAGAGGUACCAGAAAACCUACGCCUAGAUCCAACACGAAUUCGUUGAGUCUAAUAGCAGGCUGUGAGAACUCAACCCCAGUUGAGAGGAAAUUUAUUACCCUUAAUAUUAAUGGGCAUUCAUCGAGAUUGCAAAUAGAUACAGCAUCAGAUGUCACUAUCCUCUCUCGUAAAACGUGGACCAAAAUGGGCAGCCCAAACUUGCAGUGUACAACGCAAAAGCCUCGUACUGCGUGUGGUAAUUACCUUCACCUGCUUGGACAAAUGGAAUGUACAGUUACUUUCCGUGAAUUGGCAUUUGUUGGGGUAUGCUACAUAACACCAGCUGAUCUAAAUUUGCUUGGGUUAGAUUGGUUCGAUCACUUAAAUUUAGCUGAUGUUCCGUUGAAUACCAUAUGCAACCUGGUAUCACAACCCCAACUUCGACAACAACCACAUGACUUGGAAGCAUAUACGAGGAACCUAAUGACGGAGUUUUCGACCAGCGAACAUCAUACGGCCGGCGAAGAUGCAGUUAUUGCCUCUCCAUUGACAGAGGACCGCACACAGUGUCAACAAGCAGCCAAGUGUAACGCAAAAAUACUGCCGGUCCCAUGGCCACAGCCUGAGUAUCCCUGGUCCAGGAUACAUGUCGAUUUCGCAGGCCCAAUUAAUGGAAUUACCUAUCUAGUCGUUGUUGACGCCUUUUCGAAAUGGCCAGAAAUCGUUCCCGUCAUACCACCAACGACAACUCAAACGAUACAACUUUUGACAGAGAUGUUCUCUCGCAACGGAUUACCGGAUAUAAUUGUUUCCGAUAAUGGUUCGCAAUUCACUUCAAGUCAAUUUCAAGAAUUUUGCAAACGCCUAUCGAUCAAGCAUUUCCGCUCUCCACCUUACCACCCACAGUCAAAUGGACAAGCAGAAAGAUUUGUAGAUACAUUCAAGAGAGCUCUAAUGAAGUCGAAAGGGGAGGGGACGACAGUAGAAACACUGCAGAAUUUCUUGUUUGUUUACCGAACAACACCUAAUGAUAUGCUACCACAGCAGAAGUCCCCUGCAGAGAUCCUGAUGGGAAGGAAAUUGAGCACGAUCCACAGUCUCAUGUGCCCAAGAACCACACCACCACCAUCCCAUAACAAAUCUCAGAAGCUUCCAGCGUACGAGGUUGGAUGCCCCGUGUUCGCUCGAGACUACAGAGCAAAUCAUGGUCCUUGGAUCGAAGCACGUGUGAUUGGAAGACUAGGUCAAGUUAUGUACGAGGUAAAGGUGGGAAGAGACACGUGGACUAGACACCGAAACCAACUACGUAAGCGGAUUGCCCCAGACCACCCAUCAAAUGGAGUAAAUCUUCCCCUCGACAUCUUGCUUGAUACUUUCAACUUACCUGCAGCCCCAUCACAAGAAGCUCAACAGCAAGCUGAUCCCCGUCCCAGAAGGUGGCCUCUCCGUCAGCGGCGAACUACAGUCAAAAUGCAAGUCGACCCCAGAAAAGCGCGCUAUUAAAAAGGGGAGGAGUGUUGGGACGGUAUAUUCCCAAAAUUCAUAUUUGUAAUUUUAUAUCGAUUGACUCAUCGAUUAAAUUUUGGAUGGAAGUCACAUGAUGAACUUAUCGACUAAAUAUUCGAAUGCCUGUCGAGUGAUGAACUGAAUGAGUCAUGUUUAAAAAUAACAUUUAAUAUGACAAUAUCGAUUUUAUAUAUUUAUAUAUAUAUACGUUUAAAAUUGUGUCUGAGCGUUCGCUACGGUUCGCUGCUGCUGCUUGCUUGCUUGCUCGCUCGUUUUCUGGUUGUAUGCAGAAUAUAUUUUCCAUACCAAGCCUGGACUUCUCCUUCUAGUUAGCGGGGCUGGGACGCGUCAAUAGUUAGAUUACUGGUCUUUGGUCAUUGAGUAUUGUUCUCGUUCGCAGUCUAAGUGAACCCGUGAAGCUUCAAAC